CCUGCAAAACAAUCUGGGCGUCGUCCUCAUCCACCGUGAGAGGAUGGAGGCAAUUUGGAGCGUGCAGCGUCGUCACCUGAGCUGCAUCCAGGAUCCUCCGGGAGUGGCGCUCUACAGGGGGAGCUGACCAAGGGAGGGAUCCGGCUCCCCGUCUACCGCUGCGCCCGAGGAUCCACUUCACUGGAGUUCUUCCACCUUCACCUGAACGGCUUCAUACCUGGUGAGAAACAAAAGGGGAAACAAACGGCUGUUUAGUUUUUUUCUUGUUACUAGUGUUGUGUUGUUGUGAGAUGUUGAAGUUGAGAUUGUUUUCCAAAUAGUGGAAUUUUUUUGUCUCUCCCUGUCUCCAGGCACGUCAGCCAGUGCCCUGCACUUUCAGGUGUACUUGCUGGAGGGCCUGGUACGAUGGAAUGAAGACCGCGGCAGAGCUUCAGUGGAAGGAGUCCAGAGGCUGGUCCCGCGCAGCUACGAUGCCCGGCGGCAGAAUUACCUCAAUCGGCUGACCCAGAAGUACAUGGGUAGGACGCUGGUGGAGACAUACACCCAGCCUGGAGAGUACACAGGUGAGCUGAUUGGGGUGGAGUACCUGUUUUCUCAGACGGGUGCCGUGCUGGAGGAUUUGGGCCGGGAUCCAGAUGCUCCCAACGGCCUGGAUGAGGCUGACGUGGAGGUUGUGGAUGAGGAGGAACAGGAUGAGGGAUUUGAGGAGCUGCAGGACAUCCAGUUCCUGCAGGACCAGCAGGCUGCUGCUGCUGCUGCUGCUGAUGAUGAUGCUUCUUCAGAUGACACCGACCCCGUCUCACGGGAAGAAUCCGCCGUGGAGACGGGAAUGGAUGUCGCAGAGGGUGACGGCCCUGAUGCACUUGGCCCAGAUGGACGUAGCGGGUACCAACACGUCACCGCUCUGGCCCACGCCCUAGUAGAGCUGUGUCAUCACACGUAUGUGACGCAGCUAAAGGCCAGAGAGAUCGUCGCCUUGUGGGAGAAGCUGCUGGAUCAUGACAAGGCACCAGUUGCCCCCCCGCGCCAGUUGGUGACAGGCCACUUUAGGAGCUUGCGGUCCAGCAGCAUUGCCGGCAUGGACAGCGUGCAGCGUUCCUUUCUAGGCAAAGCUGCUCAGUCCCCUAAAGUCAGCAGGCUGGUGGAGGCCAUCAUCAUGGAGCUGUGUGACGUCCACAGUGAGGGACGUUCACUGGGCGGGGUCCAGGACAGUAGUAGUCCUGAGGGACUGCAACACUAUCCGGGACGUUGUAGUCAGCUGCCCCACGCUGAUGGCCAGCACCUCCAUCCACCUCUACAAUGUCAACCAGAAGACGCAAUGCACACAGAGAGGAGCAAGGGAAUGAGCACCACCUUCCUCCUCAGUACUGUCCUCAGACCAGGCGGACCUGCUGCUGGUACACAGGAUGUCCCAUCACAGUCUCUGAAGGGGAACCCUGUGCUACCUCAGAGGCCGUUGCAGCACCCACAACCUGAAGACCCCUCAGGGCUGGCAACCACACACCGUGGGCCCUGUAUGACCUGAUCGUCUUUCCUGCCAUGACCUCUGCAGCCUCCACCACCGUCACUGCUCCUUCUGACACAAUCACCACUACCACCCACCAUGCCAUCUCCAUCACCUGCUGCUGCUGCUGCUGCUGCUCCUGCCGCUGCCGCUGCUGCUGCGCCUGCUGCUCCUGCACCCGCUUCUGCUGCCGUUGUUCCUCGCUCCACAGCCUGGCAGAGGAGGAUUAGAGAGGAGGAGCUGCGUCGUCAGCGAGAGAGGAGUCUCCCUCUUAAAGAGAGGAAGAUCUUUCAGCAUGUCCGCUGUCGCUGCUGUGGUCAGCCCAAGAACAAACGGUAUGGCCACAGCCGUUACAGGGGAGAGUUCUUCUGUGCCACAUCGGAGGGUCGCUCUGUGGAUGACAGGUUGAAAGAGAAGAGACGACUGGACCCGAAAUGUAGGUCUUUAGAUGAUUAUAUUUGCCUGUGUGAGUGGAGCGUCUGUCUGACCUCUGACCUGUUUUAUUCUCUACAGACCAGCAGUCGCGCAGGUGAGGUGCAUGACAAUGCAUGUGACUCCUUUUCAUCUUUUUUCUGACUGCAGGAGACACCAACUUCACGUGCAGCAUAGUGUCACCUGUAUAUAGUUUGUGUAAUUUUGCUUAUAUAUAUAUUUUGUGUGUAUUUUGAAAAUCUAGCUAAUUUUAAUAGAGUAUUUUGUUACAAAUUUGUAAUGUACAUAGUUUAAUUUUACUGUUGACAAUGUUCUCAAGCUUCAAAUUCAAUUGAUGUUUUUGUUACAUAAAAAUCUUUUCAAAGGAUCAGUUCAGUGUUGACAUCUUUUCUUUGUAAUUACAUAAUGUAUAAUUUAUAAAUCUGAUGUGAACCAGGUGAAUGAUGAUGAUCGCACAUGAUCGUAUUGAUCCAUCAGGCCAGAUCUAGUGAGAGUGUAGAACAUUUGAUCUGAUCUGUGUGUUCCUCACUGACAGCUGUGUGACAGCUGAUCAUGAGUCAGAGCCACCAGGAAGACACUCGCCCAAUCACCAGCUCCCAAUCACGUUCCCUUUAUUCCAGGAAGACGAUCGUUCAGGGUAAAAGGCCCAUCUCCUGCCGACGGCCCCAGGUGGUCUAGGCGGCUCACGAUACCCAUUGUAUGUCCUGUAGGUGUGACUCUGUGGGGGGCAGGUAGGAGCUCCAUGAAGGCUGCCUGGAUGAGGCUGAAGUGUCAGGCUGCACCAACUUUAGGGAACUCCACAAAGAAGAAAUGGAAGACUUAGGAAGGCGAGAUUUCACUGGAUUCUAAGUGAAAGAGCUAAACACAGACAGUUGACAGCACAAAAUUUCUUCAAUGUCAUUCAUCACAUGCUAAACUAUUCUUUACAGAACCUCCUCUCAGAAAAACUAAGAGAGAGUGUAUAAAGGAGCCUUGUAUUGUAUUUAUUUAUUGUUAUUAUUAUGUAUUUUUUGUUACUUCCCUAUUGUGAUUAACUUGCUUCUGUUUUCACUUAUACACAUCAAGGGCAUCUUCUGAGGAUGAGUCACUGUCCUUUUCUUCAAAAUCUCUGGUCUUGUCCUCCUCAUGGUCACCAUGAGGAGGAUACAAAGUGUAAUAAAACAAAGUUUUAACUUUGUCAAAUUUUGUUGCUUCAAAUUAAAAACUUACUGUGACGUCAACUCGUUCGACUCAUGGGAAGGUUCAGAUUCACUGUGAAGAAAAUGAUUUCCAAGCUAUCUUUCCUUCACGAUUGCACCAAAAGUCAAAUACAUUCAUUUUAAGAUAGUUUAUCAGCCCUUAGCUACACUGUGAAUGCUUUGCCUCUGAAAUGAUUUAGAUCUCUUAUUAUUCAUUACAUGGGCAUUGUUCUGA